CCCGCCGGGGCCGCGGCCCUCUCGCCCGCCGGGGAUUGCCAGGCCUAUCACUUCAGCCCGGCCGCACGCUUCCGUGUCGUUGUGCUCGACGCCUACGACCUGAGCAUCCUGGGCAGGCAGCCAGACAGCCCUCGCUACCAGGAGUCUCUGCAGCUGCUGCGGGAGAAGAACCCCAACGACAACCUCAACAGCCCCACAGGACUCAAAGAACCUCAGUUUGUAGAGUUUAAUGGAGGAUUUAGCCAAGCGCAGCUGGACUGGUUCAAUGAAGUCCUCAAGUUCUCUGAUGAAAACCAAGAAAAAGUUGUAGUUAUGGGUCAUCUGCCCAUUCAUCCAGAUGCUUCAGAUGGAGUUUGCCUUGCCUGGAAUUACAAAGAUGCCCUUUCAGUCAUACACUCCCAUCAGUGUGUGGUCUGCUUUUUUGCAGGGCACCUGCAUGAUGGUGGCUAUUGUUUAGACUCCCAUGGAGUUCAUCAUCUGACUUUGGAGGGGAUUAUUGAAACUCCACCAGACAGCAAUGCCUUUGGAACUGUUUAUGUCUAUGAAGAUAAAAUGAUACUAAAGGGAAGGGGCAGAAUUUCAGACAUAGUUAUGCAUUUCUGAAAAUGGUAAGCAAAUACAAAUUGCACUUCUUCAGGAAGUACUUGGACAAAAAA